UUGAAGCAAAAAUAAAUAAAACUUGAAAACUUAAGAUCAAUCUUAAAAAAUAAAUAAACUUGAACAAACUUGAAAACUUAAAAAACCCGAGAGCAUGAAGAGAUAUCAAAAAAAUUAAAACUUGAAGCAAAUUAAUGAUUUUUACCCCAAAAUUUGAAAAUUGUAUUUUAAGCACAGUUAGCGGAACAAAAGAUUUUGGCUAUGUUCGUUAUGUAGCAACAACCAAAUUGCGUUCUGAAUGUUCUGUUGAUGCUUGUGCUAAAGCUCCUAGUUUAAUUGAGGUAGAAGAUGGAGGUCAUGUAAAAAAUUUAAUUAUUGGAGAUGGGGCGAAAGGAAUUUUGUGUGUAGGAAAGUGUACAUUGGAAAAUGUUUUGUAA